GACAACGAUCACUGACACUGAGGACCUGACACUGAAAGUACAGUUUGGAAUUAGAUUAAAUGUGACUGUCUUCAUGGAGGCAGAUGGCAUCCAGCUAAAAACCUUGAACUAGGUGGCAACAGCGGGGUGUUUUGAAUUAGAAGGAGCGUAUUUGGGGCUGAAAGAGGGUUGAAAGAGUAAACAAAGCCUAUGCCUUCCAUUUGAGGUUAGCUUUUUCUGAUUCGUGGUAGAUUCAAUCUCACACUAGCAGACACUCUUUUCAUGCCGACAAACUUGACUUCUCUGAAGAAACAAAGAACUCCACCACUGGUUUUUCCUCCUAUCUAUAAGAACGUGCAGUAUCACCGAUAACCUCCCUCAUCCCAAAGGGAUGGUAUCACUGCUGUCCUUUGAUAUGCAGAUACAGGGAGUAGGAUUGCUGUAGUUAUCCCACUGGUUAGCACUGAGCCUACGCAAAGCACAAACAGGUUCUCCAAGUCUUCCCCUGCUGCCUUGCACAGCUGAGGCCAAUGGGCCACCACCAACCACGCCAGAGCCUCACUGGGCAUUGGGAUACUGCCCUGGAGCACCACACACCACGUGAGGCCGACUCAUUUAGAGGUAUGCAUGUAAAAUAUCCCAGACCCCUUUUAAUAUAAACCAUAAUUGAUAGCUAGCUUCUGCAGGGGCAAUUUCACCAGCGUCGGAGCUUAAUGACUGCCACACUGAUGAGUUUCCUCUGAGUCACCUCAGCCCUAUCCGGCAGCUUCUGUACACAGCAGCCUGUGCUCCUCACGUUUUGCUGCAAAACUGGGAAGAGGGACUUCUCCCAGAAGCCACAAGGAUUGUUUAGGCAGCGGCUGCAGUGAACACAGAGCCCAGCACAGCACACUGUGGUGGCACAGGGCAGGGCUGCAGCCUCCUGCCUGACAGGCACCACGCCCAAUGCUGCCAGCCCUGCCUAAACGCCCACCUCCACCUCAAGAGAAAACCAAAUAAACAAAAAAACCCAACAACCUAUAACGAGAUAAGCCCUUUAUAAACAGAAACAAACAGCUGCCCCCCUUAUGGCGACUGUUCCCCCGGGAACGCCAAGCGCCGAAGAGAGCAACAGACUCAAACCCCGGACCUAACAGCACACAGCACCCACCCUACCCUACCCUGCCCUCCCCAAGGGGCUGAACCACGCAUGCGCACAGAACGGCCAGGGGCCGCCCAGCCGCAGCGCGCCUGCGCAGUUGCCGCAGCCCGCUGGGCCGGAGCGGGAGCGGAGCGGCGCCCCCUCCCCCGGCCGUGCCAUGGGUGACGCGUUCCGGAGGGCGGAGUCGGGCACUCAGCUGCUUGCGCGCCUUGAGGGCAGAAGUUCUCUGAAAAACCUUGAACCUAAUCUGUUUGCUGAGGAAGGAUCUCCUGUUCAUGCACUUGGGACUACGUUAAGAAUUCAGCAAUAUAUGAUUCCUACCCAUAGAAGUUUCAAAUGUGAUAUAACAAAGACAAAGGGCAGAGAAAUGUUGGAGAUGUCAUUGAAUUCCACGGUCCGGAAGGAACAGGAAAAUCUGAAAUGCUUUAUCACCUGAUAGCCCGCUGCAUCAUUCCAAAAUCAGGAGGGGGACUGGAAGUAGAAGUCAUGUUCAUUGAUACAGACUACCA